CGCUCCGGAAGCCCGCGAGUUCCGGAAAGCUGGGUAGCUCAGAUUCCGCUAGGAAAAGCGAAGCUUGCCAGAGAAUGUUUCAGAAAAAGUUACGUGGAGCAUGGGCGUUUCGCAGACUCCUAAGCUCCUGACAAGUAUGAGACAAGGAUUUCAUAGAACUUGCAGCAAACAUUCCCACUGCCAUAGCUGUAGACUGUCAAGUCUUGGGGGAGCAGCAGGAAGAGGAAAAAGAUAAGAUCUCCCCAGAAGGUGGUUGACAUUUAUGGAAACCUUCAGAGAAGAUGGCUCCCAGAAAAGAGAAUACGAAGAGUACAAACAGAGUGCUAAGAAUAAGUCAGUUGGAUGCACUUGAACUAAAUAAGGCCCUGGAGCAGCUGGUUUGGUCCCAGUUUACUCAGUGCUUUCAUGGAUUUAAGCCAGGCCUAUUAACCUGCUUUGAACCAGAGGUGAAAGCAUUCUUGUGGCUUUUCUUGUGGAGAUUCACCAUCUACUCCAAAAAUGCCACUGUGGGACAGUCAGUUUUGAAUAUUCAAUACAAAAACGAUUUUUCCCCUAACCUGAGAUAUCAGCCACCAACUAAAAAUCAAAAGAUCUGGUAUGCUGUUUGUACAAUUGGUGGGAGGUGGUUAGAAGAGCGUUGCUAUGAUUUGUUUCGAAACCAUCGUUUAGCAUCAUUUGGGAAAGUCAAGCAGUGUAUGAAUUUUGUGGUUGGACUUCUGAAAUUAGGUGGUUUGAUUAAUUUUUUGAUUUUCCUUCAAAGAGGAAAGUUUGCAACUUUGACAGAACGUCUCUUAGGCAUUCGUUCUGUGUUUUGUAAGCCUCAAAAUGUACGUGAAGUUGGCUUUGAGUAUAUGAAUAGGGAACUUCUCUGGCAUGGUUUUGCUGAGUUUCUGAUUUUUCUCUUACCACUUAUCAAUAUCCAGAAGUUGAAAGCCAAGUUAUCUUCUUGGUGUAUUCCCCUCACUGGUGCUCCUAGUAGUGAUGAUACAUUAGCCACCAGUGGCAAAAAAUGUUCUCUAUGUGGAGAGUGGCCCACCAUGCCUCACACCAUAGGAUGUCAGCAUAUCUUCUGUUAUUAUUGUGUUAAGAGUAGUUUCUUAUUUGACAUGUACUUCACUUGUCCUAAGUGUGGGACAGAGGUACACAGUCUGCAGCCACUGAAAUCAGGGAUUGAGAUGUCAGAAGUGAAUGCUCUUUAGAAACUAAUAUUGUGUCCUCUAAGGGGAAAUAUAGCAUGUUUAAGUUAUUAAUAUUGGUCAUCCUAAGUGUACCAUUUAGGUAUCCUUUAUAAGGCUUGUGCUUCUUAGCCACUGUCUUCUAUUCCUUUCCAGGCAUGACUAAAGUCUAAUCACUGGAAACCACAUAAUUCUAAAUAUAUAAAUGUUAAUAUAUUAUGUUUUUUAAAUCAUACCAUUAAAUUUUUAGUGUCAAGAAUAAUGGAGAGCUUUUGUCAGAUGACUAAGAACGUUUCUUCAUUUUACUACUUCCUAGAAAGGGGUCGGACUCCAAAGAUAAAGAUUUGGGAGACUGUGG